UGACAGGUCUCUACCUGGCUGGGUCACUCAUCAGGACCGCCAUCUCUUCUCCUACUCAAGAUUUUCUGGGACCAGAUGACAAAUCAAAAAGAAAAGGCCAAAUUAGCUAGACAUUACACAUCCUUUAUAGCUGUAAUAAGUGGACGAUUAAUAAACAAAACAAUAGCCAAAACUGUAUCUGAUAACAGAUUGUAUUAUUCUAAUAGAGCCUGUAGUAUUGCACAUUUUCAACGAAGGCCUACACAAACUAAUGGGGUAAACAAAGUUGAUGGGAACUCAGAAUACCACUUCCGAGUUCCCAUCAGAAAGAGUGCAGCUAGGUGCGCAACAGCGGCAGCUUCUUUUGCUUAGCAGGCAGCAGCAUCCCUUUUCGACGCACAGCUCAAUUUCAUAGUUUGCUGUGUAGCUGAACAUUCGUGUAAAAUAAUAUACAUUAAACGUGAACAAUGGCUACUGACUCCUGGGCUCUGGCUGUCGAUAAACAGGAAUCUACGACUGACUCUUUCGGCUCCUUGGUGAUAAGAUCUCCACCUCGAGGUGGAGGUGAUGCUGCACCUAGAAAGGCAAAAGGUACCACAAAACAAGUGGAGAAUGGCACCAAAGUGGAAGAAAAAGAGGACAAAGCGGCCCAGUCGUUGUUGAAUAAGAUGAUCCACACCAGCCUUGUGAACACUACCAAUCAAGUAGAGGUUCUUCAGAGGGAUCCAAAAUCUCCUCUUUACUCGGUCAAGACAUUUGAAGAGCUGAGACUGAAAGAUGAGCUGCUAAGAGGAGUGUAUGACAUGGGUUUCAACAGACCCUCUAAGAUCCAGGAGAAUGCCCUGCCCAUGAUGCUGGCAGAGCCCGUGUAUUAUCCCUCUGGUUCCAGACCUCAGAACCUGAUUGCCCAAUCACAGUCCGGCACAGGUAAAACAGCUGCCUUUGCGCUGGCCAUGCUCAGCCAUGUUGACCCAGCUAACAAAUGGACUCAGUGUCUUUGCAUUGCCCCAACGUACGAGCUAGCUUUGCAGACUGGUAAAGUCAUUGAACAGAUGGGGAAAUUCUAUCCUGAGGUCAAAUUGGCAUAUGCCAUUCGUGGCAAUAAAUUGGACCGAGGGACGAAGCUUCAGGAGCAAAUUGUCAUCGGGACACCUGGCACGGUCCUAGACUGGUGCUCCAAACUGAAGAUCAUCGACCCCAAGAAGAUCAGCGUCUUCGUGCUGGACGAGGCUGACGUCAUGAUUGCCACACAAGGUCACCAGGACCAGAGCAUCCGGAUCCAAAGAAUGUUGCCAAAUGAAUGUCAGAUGCUGCUGUUUUCGGCCACGUUUGAGGACUCAGUCUGGAAGUUUGCCGAGAGAGUUGUGCCAGACCCCAACAUCAUCAAGUUGAAACGUGAAGAGGAGACUCUGGACACCAUCAAGCAGUAUUACGUGCUCUGCAAUGAUAAGGACGAGAAGUUCACAGCCCUCUGUAAUAUCUACGGAGCCAUCACCAUCGCCCAGGCUAUGAUCUUCUGUCACACCCGAAGGACAGCUGGCUGGCUGUCUGCUGAGCUGACCAAAGAGGGCCAUGUGGUGGCACUGCUGAGUGGGGAGAUGACUGUUGAGCAGAGAGCGACCAUCAUUGAACGCUUCAGGGAGGGCAAAGAGAAAGUCCUAGUGACCACCAACGUAUGCUCCAGAGGCAUUGAUGUUGAGCAAGUUUCCGUGGUGAUCAACUUUGACCUGCCCAUAGACAAAGACGGAAACGCUGACAACGAGACAUACCUUCACCGGAUUGGCCGAACAGGACGUUUCGGCAAAAGGGGGCUUGCCGUCAAUAUGAUUGACAGCAAACACAGCAUGAACAUUCUCAACCAAAUCGAGGAGCAUUUCAGUACAUUUCUGUCUCUAUACCAAUUAAUUACAACAUUGUACAUAUUGAUCUAUAUAAUAGUUUUCUCAUUAGUAACCUAACCUUUCGUCUCGUUUUUCCCCCCACAGAUAAGAAGAUAAACAAACUUGACACUGACGAUCUGGAUGAAAUCGAGAAAAUCAGCAACUGAAGAGGAUGCUAUCCUUUAUAAAUCAUAAUUGAAUGCAUCUAAUAUUUAUGCAGGUGGGACUGUUGUCUCACAUUAAUAAUAUUACUACACAGAUUAUACACUUAAGGUUAGCUAGCGAGCCAGCCAGCUAAUGUUCACUAGCUAACAGUAAACUUUAACUUGAAAUGAAAACAACUUUCUGACAAAAUUAGAAAUAAUUAUAUCUGAAAAUAUAACUAGCUAGACUCUCUUACCCAUAUACAUGGAUGGAUGCUUCUCCCUCUCUGUCACGGAUGCCAUGGUUGCCUUAGUUUUAAGAUGUAAUCCAGAGACAGGUGUUUUACACAACAGCUUUCUGUGUAUUCUCGUUUAUACUCCAUCUUCAUAUUUGCAAUCAUACGCCAGAAUUUUCUCCAUCUCCAGCGAUCAUACUCUAAUUUGACUGAUUUCAAAACUCGACCCUCCAGAAAGUGGAAAGCAACUCAAUGCAGUUCUACUAUGAGAUAACUAUCAAAAAAAGCUGGCAGACCAAUACGAACUCAUCUCUUUGCAUGUCCAGCCCAUCCGUUAUCUCAGCCAAUCAUGUCUAGCGGGAAGGUUCCUGUCUUUUUCUGUGGCUAAACCAACUAGGCUCGUAAUUUUAACAAUAUUAUUUGUAUACACAGAUGGCAUACAAGUUUUAUCAAGGCACAUGAAAGUUCACAUGUUCCAGAAGGCAUUUUGAUAAUAAUAACAAAAACAAUAGUUUACAUUCAAAUGGCUCUCCUGUGAAGUGGUGACCUGCGACAUAUGCCUAGUUUCUUGAAAUGAGUCACAUUUAUGCUUUUGGACUUAAGUCACUUUAAGGAUUUAUUUGAAUGUUUACAUGAAAUGACAGUAUGUUAGCCAUGCCUUAAUAAUAUGCAAAACAUUUAGAUUGCAUAGAUUCUGCUAUUUGAAACUAUUAGGAUUACAGUUGGUUUUCAUUUGCUAUACUUUUUAUCGAGUGGUUACACUAAACUAAUAUUUUACCCUCUUGAUCGGGUGCUCUCCUCAGAGGAAUGCAUAGGUGUACGCAUUGGCCAUAUGGUUGUUUGCAGCAUUAUUCAGUAUAUUGAAUAAAACGGAGAACACUUUGCAAAAGUUAGACUAAUGGGGGAAGUUUGCUGUGCUGAUUUGUCUUAAAACCCCUUAUUUUAUAGAAUCAUAAGAGUGGAAAGGUAAUGUGAUUUGAAGUUGAGCAAAUGAGAAGUACUAUACUAACUAAACUGGAGAAAUGUCCCUUCCUUAUUAAUGAGAAGGAACUCAUGAUCAAUCUAGUCUAGACUAACAAUCCUUGAGAGAUUUACAGCAUUUCAGUAUUGCAACACUAAAUACAUUCUUGAUAGUUUGGAUACACGUGUGUUUCACGGUAAUCCUAAGAUUCCAUUGUAAUAUUACUGUGAGUAUUAGAGCGGUUGCACCAUCUUGUAUUUAAAGUUUUCCCAAUAAGGCUCUGCAAAUCUCUGAUGGGAGUUUGUUUCGGUGAACAAAACUUGUUUCCAGUCACAUUCAAUUAGUUUGAAACUAACAUGAAGGUUUGAGUCAGAAUUGAUUGGUUAAUAUUUACCUUAAACUAUUGGUAUGCUUAUUCUGUAAACUGACAAAAAUUGGGCACUUUUACCAAGUAAAAUAAGAUUGUAUGGAAUGUACCUAAAUGGUUAGGAAUAUAUUUAUUUAGAGAGAAAAUCUUUAUUGAGCAAAACACCAUUUAAUGUUUUUUGUACCUUAGUGAAUGUUAUAUAUAUUUGGACUGUGCUUGUACUAAACUUGUUAAGUGUUUAGAGUGUUUACCUUGGCUAUGGAAGCAAUACAUAGCCUCUGCUGAAUCUAUUCUCUUAUACUUGUCUGCACUUUUUGGUUAUGUUGUAAUAAAGAUUACCUACCU